GAGGCUCUGAUUGUCCCGGACUGUCUCACCAUGGCUUACCCAGAGCACUUUGAUUGGUUGAAAGAGACCGUCAGUUUUUUGCCAGGUUUGCCAGGGUUUUCCAGCAUGUUUGGGAAGAAGAAGAAACGGCUGGAGAUCUCAGCUCCGUCUAACUUUGAACACCGGGUCCACACGGGCUUCGACCCGCGGGAGCAGAAGUUCACCGGGCUGCCGCAGCAAUGGCAGAGCCUCCUGGCGGACACUGCCAACCGCCCCAAGCCCAUGGUGGACCCCUCCUACAUCACCCCCAUCCAGCUGGCACCAAUGAAGAUAUCUCCCAAGAAAGUCCGGUCAUCCGAAACGCCGUUGCCCAAAACCAUUGUUCGAGGGAACCGCCCACCCAAAGAUGCUUCCAUCAACGGCCUGCUGGAGGACUUUGACAACAUCUCAGUGACGCGCUCCAACUCCCUGCGUAAAGAGAGCCCCCCAGGCCCCCACCAGGCUGGAAGCAGUUCCAAACCCUCCAGCAGUGGUCAUCCCAACGCCCCAGAGGAGAAUGGAUUCAGCCAUUACUACUCCCGCUACUCCUGUGACCUAGACACUUCCAGCAGGGACUUCUCUCUUGAUCCCAGCAAGCCGAGCUUCUCUAUAGAUGGGGACUGGGCAGUUGGGAGGCACUAUCGAUUCACCAAGCAGAAUGGUCACUCAUACCCCAUACGCAGCCCCUUCUACCCGGACGCCAUGCCCCAAAAAUCAGACUAUGGCAAGCUUCCCCCGGACUACCACACCUACUUGGAGAGCAAAGGGCGCUCGGCCGAUGAGGUGGCCUCCACGGUGGGGAGCGGUGUGGGCUCCAGUGGCUACUAUCGGGCGUCUGUGGGUGGCUCAUCCAGCCAAGACUACAGGGACACUUCGGUAGGCACGCCAUCUCGUGCCUCGCUACACAGCGAGCAGAUCAACUACCCAGACAGUGAGUGGAGCUACGGCGGCCUGCGGGACGAGUACGAAAAGCGGCCCAAGAGUUCCUAUGUGACGCAGACCAGCCCCACGCCGGCCAUAAGGCAGAGAUCUCGGUCAGGCUCUGGGCUGCAGGAGCCAAAUGUCCCUUACGCGGCCAGCGGGGCGUUCAAGAACCCUCCACAGGCCCAUCCAUACAGCUCCUACACCUACCCUCGCCUCUCUGAGAGUCUCGCUAACUCCCAGACCUUAACUAAGGCUGACUACGAGCGCCCUGCACGUGACAGCAGUCCCCAGGUUACAGGUGGAGACACCUACCCUCGAGGGCCUCUUAAGCAGCCUCAGAGCCACAUGAAGCCACCUGGCUACCCCCCAGCACACCUGCCCUACCCACCUGUCUUUCACCAUUACAAACCUUCACCCUACCACCACCCUCCCUCCCAGCCCAGCCCUCCAUACACCCCCCAGGUCAUUUUCUUUUUCGGUGCUCGUUGGAGAAGCAGGCAGGAGUAUCGCCACAGACACUAA